AUGCCGCGACGGUCGUCAAAGGCCGCGCCGACUUCGCCACCGGCGUCUGGAACGGCGCCAAAGAGACGCGCUUCAGCUAGACUGUCAGCUUCGCAGGCGGAAACCAAAAGAGCCAAAUCCAACCCAGCGCUGGCAGAUCCGUCAGUCAAAUCUACAGCCAAGAAGAGCAAAUACUUUGAACCUGAGAGCUCUGCCGAACUGGAAUCCGCUCCGAGUGAGUCCAGCGAGCCUGGAGGGGUUGACGAUGACGAUUCAGAGUCGGCUUAUGAAGAAGAAGGUGACCUAUCCGAGGCGUCGCCGGAAGAUGAGUCUGAACCGGAGGAAGCAAGUGAAAGUGAAGACGACAAAUCGAAAUCCCGAUCAAAGGCAAAGAAAAAUGCUCGGGGCACGGUGACCGAUAAAGACCUACUCAAAGGCAAGGAGCUCUGGCGCGAGGGAGUGCGCACCGGCCUAGGACCUGGGAAGGAGGUCUUCAUUCCGAAGCCCAAGGCGCGGGAUCCUGGCAAAGUGCCGUACCAAGAUGAGACGUUGCACCCGAACACCCGACUGUUCUUGAUUGACUUGACCAACAAUAAUGAUCGUGAAUGGCUUAAAGGACACGAUCCGGAUUACCGUGCGGCAAAGAAAGACUUUGAAAGCUUUGUGGAAAGCUUGAGCACUAAGAUCGUAGAAAAGGACACGACUAUUCCCGAGCUACCCGUCAAGGACCUGAUUUUCCGGAUUCAUCGAGAUGUCCGAUUCAGCAAGAAUCCCCUCCCAUACAAGAAUCAUUUCUCAGCUGCGUGGUCUCGCACGGGUAGAAAGGGCCCGUAUGCUGCAUACUAUCUGCACUUCCAGCCCGGCUCUUCUUUCCUCGGUUGUGGUCUCUGGUGUCCUGAACCCGGGCCUCUGGCCGCCCUGAGAGAAGACAUUGACGAGAAUGUGGAUGGCUGGCUGGAUGUCCUCGGAGAACCAUCAUUGCGUCGGGAGUUCCUCAAUGGAGCUUCUGAUGAUGACCAGGAAAUCAUGGAGGCUUUUGCUCAUGCGAAUCGAGAAUCUGCUCUCAAGACCAAACCAAAGGGUUACGAUGCAGACCACAAAAGCAUUCUCCUGCUACGGCUACGCAGCUUUACGCUUGCGCGGCCGCUGACGGAUGAAGAACUCCUCGGGGCGAACGCACAGGCGCGGAUUGCCAGUCUCGUCGAAAUUCUAGAGCCAUUUGUGACUUAUUUGAACAACGUCGUGAUGCCGGACCCUUAG